AGCAGCGCAGGGCUUCGUCUACUCCGCCGCCAAGUUGAGUGAAAGGAGCUGCGCGGAUUCAUGUGGCACCUGCACGCGCUCUCUCGGCUUUUGUACCGUGCCUCUGGACUUCUUUUAUUAAUUAAUCUUGGCUCCGGACACGAACCGUAUUGACUUGAAGACAUGUCUUGGUAAACCACCACUAGUGAAGUUUUAACCAAUAACCGCUUUAUCAAGUCCUUGCAGUUGAUCUGUGGAGGGACUUGUAACCAGCAAGCGAGACACUACAGAGAAGCGCAAUCAAUACGGAUCUCUGAACAAGUCAACAAUGGUCCGACUAGAGACUAUUUUUUGCACUUUUUUGCUGUCUGUUGCAGCGAGGGCAGAUUUGAAAGCACGUAACUGCAGCGAGGUGCGGGAGGCAUGUGCAAGCAGAGGCUUCAGCUUUGGAUACGUCCCUCUUCAGGAGGUCCCAGGGGAAAAUCUGCGGGUGUGUCCGCAGGGGAACACAUGUUGCACUGUGGAAAUGGAGGACAAAUUUGGCCAACAGAGCAAACAGGACUUUGAGACUUUAGUGGAUGAAAUCAGUCACAAUUUAAGGAGCACCUUUGUUUCCAGACACAAACGCUUUGACGAGUUCUUCUUGGAGCUGCUGGAGAACACGGAGCGCUCCCUCAAUGAGAUGUUUGUCAAGACCUACGGCAAGCCUUACAUGCAGAACUCAGAGGUGUUUGAGAACCUUUUCGCUGAAUUGAAGCGAUAUUACACCGGGGGGAAUGUAAACCUGGAGGAGAUGCUUAAUGACUUCUGGUCCCGACUGCUGGAGCGCAUGUUCACUCUGCUCAACUCACAGUAUGUCAUCACGGAGGACUAUCUGGAGUGUAUCAGCAAGUACACGGACGAGCUCAAACCCUUUGGAGACGUGCCCAGGAAGCUGAAGGCUCAGGUUACGCGCGCAUUCAUCGCCGCACGCACAUUUGUUCAGGGGCUCUCUGUGGGGCGAGAGGUGGCACAGAGAGUGGCCAAGGUGAGCAGCACAGCGUCCUGUAUCCGAGCUCUGACCAGGCUCAUGUACUGCCCCUUCUGUCAGGGCAUGCCCUCAGUGAAGCCCUGUAAGAACUACUGCCUCAACGUCAUGAAGGGCUGCCUGGCCAAUCAGGCCGACCUCGACCCAGAGUGGAAUCAGUACAUUGAUGCUAUGCUGCUGGUCGCGCAGAGGCUAGAGGGACCUUUCAACAUUGAAUCUGUCAUGGAGCCUAUUGAUGUGAAGAUUUCAGAGGCCAUCAUGAAUAUGCAGGAUAACAGCGCCCAGGUUUCCUACAGGGUUUUCCAAGGUUGUGGCCAGCCCAAACCCGCAGGAAUGAGCAGAUCCGCACGUGGUGUUUCGGACGUGUUUACCGCCCGCUUCAAGCCCUACAGCCCCGAGGAGCGCCCCACCACUGCAGCUGGCACUAGCCUCGACAGACUGGUGGCUGACAUAAAAGAGAAGCUGAAGACCUCAAAGAAGUUCUGGUCUGGUCUCCCCGACAUGCUGUGUGACGGAGACAGAGUGACACAAGGCAACUCCACCGAUGAAGACUGUUGGAACGGACACUCCAAGGGCAGGUAUUUCCCAGAGGUACAGAAAGACGGACUGACCAACCAGGUGAGCAAUCCAGAGGUGGAGGUGGACAUCACGCGUCCUGACACUAAUAUAAGGCAGCAGAUCAUGGCUUUGAGAGUAAUGACGAAUAAACUGAAGAACGCCUACAAUGGGAAUGACAUCUACUUCCAGGACUCGGGUGACGAGGGCAGUGGCUCAGGCUCGGGCAGUGGCUGCACAGAGGACUGCCCCACAGAGUCAGAGAGCCCUGCGUCUGAAGCGCCCGUGGUGGAGGCAGACCGCAGCGAGCCCGUGGGUGCCUCUGUCCCGCUCCACACGCCUCCUGUCGCCAUGACAACCGCCCUGGUGCUGUUGGCCCUGACACUUCAGCGACAAUGGAGAUAAUGCUGGAGUAUAUGGCCUCACGCGGACAGCUUUCUUCUUUUUGCAGUUUUAUAAGGCGGCAUUUUGGAGCGACAGUGGAGCCUUGGGCUUGUCUGCUCUGAAAAAGGAGGAAUGAGAUCCCAAUUUCCCAAAGAUUGAGCUGUGCCAUAAUUUGGACUUUAUGGCAUCACUUCAUCAUAUGAGCUGAUGUCCACCUGAAGGACUCUGCUGCUACAGAGACUAAAGAGAAAGUCUUGCACUUAGGGCUGGUCAUAUUGUUGGUGUCCAUGUGGAAAAUGUUACGCACUUUGAUUUUUUAAAUGCAAAAGUGGUGUGUUCUUGAGAAAGGGGUUUUGUUUUGAUGCACCCAAUGAAGGCACAAAAAGUUUACAAUAUGUUCUAAUAUAUUUUAAAAUAUCAUAGGGAAAUUAUAUAACAAAUACAGGAACAUGUGAUUUUUUUUAGGGUUAUCUUAUACCAUGUGCCAAUUUUUCAUUUAUGCUGAAAUGUUACUCCAUAUUCAUGUCAAAUUUCAAUAGUAUAUAAUCUUACUGGAUCUGCCUUGCUCCUGUCUGUCCUCUCAAACUGUUUAGCAAAGCAACACUUAAUGGCUGACGUCUUAACUUCAUUUCCUCUUGCCUUGCCACUAGUUCAUUAUUUACAAAAGUAUAUAUAUAUUCUCAUCCAAUGCUAUUUUUAGUACAAAACGUUGAGGUGACCUGUAAUACAAAACAAUUCAUGGUAACAGUCCAAUAAUUAUCACAUAUGCCGGUCAUAUUGAACUACAAAAUAUUUAUGCUGAAUUAUUUAACUCUGCCAUACUGUUGUAGUAUCAAAAUUACACUAAUCAAUAUGAUUCAGUUAUUCCAAAACCACUGUCAGUGAAAGUGCAUGUUUAUUCCAUACAGAAUCACUAUUACUGAAGAUGUCUUGCACUGCUGUCUUCCAAAAUUUGGCUUAGAACAAUGUAUUUCCUCAACGUACAACAGGUAACACAAAAUAGAGAGUAUGGAAAAGAAAAAAUAAUAUGCAGUGCUUUCUGGAAAUGCAAAGAAAGGGUCCCUAAAUGUAUCUGUGCAGCCUGAAUGGUCAUGUCCGUGGACAGGCUCGGAGCGGACUACAGUCACCUGUGAAAUGAGAAUGUGUGUGCGGUGGUCAGGGCUGAACGCUCCGAUGAAACCCUCACAGCAGCGAGCGGGAUACGGGGGAGGGACGGGGGGAGAGAGAGAGAGAGAGACCAGUCACAGAGGGCAGAG